AUGACGACUGUUCUACCAUAUGAAACUGAAUCCUUGCCUAACUUGUCUAAUGAAAUCUUUGCAGAUGAUGAAAUUGAUGAUGCAGUUAAGUUGUUGCUGUCAUUAAAAGUAACGUAUAAAACAGCAACAGGUCAAGAAUAUAAAGCAGAUUGUCCUCCAACAGAUUUCACUCCAAUCAGUAACAGUCCAGACAAUGUUGAAGGGGAUGACUUUGUGGACCCCUGGACAGUGCAGACAUCCAAUGCAAAAGGAGUGGAUUAUGAUAAACUUAUAGUUCGAUUUGGCAGUAGCAAAAUUGAUAAAGACCUCAUCAAUAGAAUAGAGAGAAUUACAGGUCAUAAACCACAUCAUUUUCUACGGCGAGGUAUUUUCUUUUCUCAUAGAGAUAUGAACCAAAUUCUUGAUGCGUAUGAACAGAAGAAGCCAUUUUACCUUUAUACAGGCAGAGGUCCCUCAUCUGAGACAAUGCAUGUUGGCCACCUUAUCCCAUUUAUGUUUACAAAGUGGUUACAAGAAACAUUUAAUGUUCCAUUAGUCAUACAAAUGACUGAUGAUGAGAAAUAUUUGUGGAAAGAUCUGACCAUUGAGAAAGCCUACCAGUAUGCUAUAGAAAACAUCAAGGACAUAAUAGCCUGUGGAUUUGACAUUAAUAAAACUUUUAUCUUUUCUGAUUUCUCUUAUAUGGGGACAAGCUUAGGCUUCUAUAAAAAUAUUGUUAAAGUUCAAAAGCAUGUGACAUUCAACCAAGUGAAAGGAAUCUUCGGUUUUACAGAUAGUGAUUGCAUAGGAAAGAUCAGUUUUCCUGCUAUUCAAGCAGCUCCAUCCUUUAGCUCAUCAUUUCCUGAGAUCUUCAACAAUAGAAAGGAUAUCCAGUGUUUGAUCCCAUGUGCAAUUGAUCAGGAUCCUUAUUUUAGAAUGACAAGAGAUGUAGCCCCUCGGAUUGGCUUUCCCAAGCCAGCAUUACUGCAUUCUGUCUUCUUCCCAGCCUUGCAGGGAGCACAAACAAAAAUGAGUGCCAGCGACCCUAACUCCUCCAUCUUUCUUACUGAUACACCCAAGCAAAUCAAAACAAAGAUUAAUAAGCACGCUUUCUCUGGUGGCAAAGACACUGUUGAAGAGCACAGACAAUACGGUGGCAAUUGUGAUGUAGAUGUGUCUUAUAUGUACCUCACUUUCUUCCUUGAAGAUGAUGACAGAUUAGAACAAAUUAAACAGGCCUACACAAGUGGAGCUCUGCUGACAGGAGAACUCAAGAAAGUGUUGAUUGAAACUCUUCAGCCCUUGAUUGCGGCUCACCAGCAAAGGCGAAAGCAGAUCACUGAUGAAAUGGUGAAAGAAUUCAUGACCCCACGGAAGCUGGCAUUUGACUACUAAUUCUACAACUGCAUGUUAAUUUAUCAGUAUAUGAAGAUCACAUGUUAUUGUACUUUGUUCUUUUUUUUGCCUUAAUUAUGUACAGGCAUAAACAGCACUGCUUUUAAUUAUUAAAUUAUUCCUAUUCAACCAAUGGUUAUGUGGGAAAACCAUGAGUCUCUACUUGACAAAAAAACAGAAAUUAGUGGUAAAUAAUAUUUGGACUUCAUAGGUUAGCAUGGUAAUUUAUUUCCUGGAGAAGAUUGUUCUUCCACGAAAUACCUGAUUUCAAUGAAUAUGUCGAUAGGAAAAAAACUGACUUAAUAAAGAAUCCAACUCUGGAACAUUUUUAUAUCAAGUAGGAUUUCCUGUUUCAUCUCUAACUUAAACUCUUUGUUACGGUCAAUAUAUUUUAAAACAUUUUGUUAUACUAAUUAUGGUACUAUCUAAAUUCAUGAAGUGUUGGUGUGUUUUACAGUCAUAAGAAUAUUUAUGAUGGCUUGAAAGACAGAACAGGUUAAUCAUUCUUUGAAUGGUAUCUAGGUAGGAAAUAGUCGAAGUAUUCUGAAAUUUUUGCUGACUUUUGCCAAAUCACGGUACGUAGUAUUUCUAACAACAACAAAAAAACAAUUAUUCCCUAAAGAGCAAUAAGAAAUUUACCAGAGUAGAAACUAUUCUCUUGUCUUUGUUUCCAAGCAUUUUGAAUGCUCUAGUUAUGUCAAGCUAUUCCGUGAUAUUAGUGAAGUUUAGAUCUCAAAGGAUAUGUUUGUUUCUGUUUUGCUUUGUUUAUAUCAAAUGACUAUAUUUCUAGUGUAAUGGUUCAACCAAAAAGUAAUCUUCAGAAUGUAGCUUGUCAUAAUUCCUACAUAUAGAUUCUCAGCUUUGGAUGCAAACAGCAAUAAUUGAUUCCAUUGUUUUUCUUUUAAUAAAAUAAUAGAGGUUGGAAGGAACCUUGGAGGACUUCUGGUCCAACCCCUGGCCCAGUGCAGGAAUCCACAUACCAUCCUGGACAAAGGCUAUUCAAUCUUUUAUUUAAAAUUUCCAGUGAUGGAGUACCUUCAUCAAACUUCAGGAGGCAGACUAUUCCACUGCUUAACAGCUCUUACAGUCAAGAAGUUCAUCCUUAUUUCCAGUUUGGAUCUCUUUGGUAAAACAACUCAGUCCAGUUUUUUUUUCUUAUCCUCAAAUUCUACGGAAAAUAAAUUCACACAUUUUGCCCCAUACUGCUGUCCUGCCUUUCCUUAGCCCUCUUUUCCAAAUUCUUCAUAGGGUUUAUGAACUCUGGACUCUUUACCAUAUUUGUUGUUCUUUUUUAUUGCCUCCAGUUCCUCAGCAUUCUUUUUGUAUCACGGCAAUUAGAACUGCAGUAUUCCAGAUGCAAUCUGACUGGUGCAGCAUAUAGUAGUACUAUUACUUCUCAUGAUCUUGACGUUAUAUGUCUAUUGACACAGCCAAAAAAGUACAUUGGCUCUUUUGGCAGCUGUGCCGUAUUGCUUAACAUGUAAUUUACUGAAACAUCCAGAUCCUUCUUACUGCUAAGCUAAAUGCAGAACCUUAACAUUUGUUAUCACUCAACACUUUUGGAUGGGGUUCAAUGUUCAAAUUUUUCAAGGUCCUUUUGAAUCUUUUGGCUGUCUUUUGUGGUGUUAACAAUCUCUCCCAGCUUUGUUUCAUUGGUAAGUUUCAUGAGCAUUCUUUCUAUUCUUUCGUCUAAAUAAUUUAUGAAAAUGUCAAAGAGCAUUGGGCCCAGAAGAGAACCCUGGGAUGUCUGCAUACCUCUCUUUCAGGGAACAUCGAUCCAUUAAGGACCACAUGUUGGCUACCAUCAUUUGGCCAAUUGCAAAUGCAUUUAAUAGUGAGACCAUCCAUCUCAUAUGAUUCCAGUUUAUCAAGAAGGAGAUAAUCUAUGAAAGAUUGUGAAGAAUCAGAUGGGAUUUCUCUACUGAUCCAAAAACGUUUAGAUCAAUAUUCUAGUAGUAUUGAUGAAUCGGGGAGCAACAGUCCUGAUUUGAACUUGAAAGAAGUCAAUAGAAUAGUUCUAUGCUCCUGAUGCCUAUUACUUGAGUUUUUUAUAGCAGCAAAUCUUGUGAAAUAACAUAUAUGUAUAUAUAUUUGUGCAAAGCAAUGUACAAGAAGUGAAAUUGUAUAAGAUCAUAAUGUUUACAGCUCAGGAAGACUCUCUGUUCCAUAGAUAUUUGCUCAUAUUAUUUCAAUGCCUUAUCAAUAUUUCUAUUUGGGUUGAAAAAAUCUGCAUAUCCAUCUAUUUCUUGUAUAAUUUUGUAAUAGGAUAUAUUUUAACCAACAAAGGUUGUAUGAUAAUAGAAUUUUACUUUAUUCCAGGCUACUUUUUUCUGCUUGAAUGAAAAAAAAUACUUUUCAGGAAAUAGAGCAUUCAUGCAUUAAAUUGCAAACUCUGUUGAUUAAUAUGCAUUGAUUUGGGAAUUGAUUUUAUACUUAUUUUCCGCCACUCCCCAAUUACCUGUGAAUUAGGAUUAAGAUUGGUUUUAGUUUUGCUGACAAAAAUAAAAGCCCUUGGGAACAGGAGAAUGGAUGGAAAUGGAAAUGGUGUCAGGGCAAAUUAAUCUGAAGAUAACUGUCACCCCUUCAAGAGAAGCUGUUUUUUCUAGUUUAUUUAUU